ACAGAUGAUGGUCAAGAUGUAGAUGGAUUACCCACUGAAGGUGUAGAAAUUACAUGCUUCCAUCUGGAUGGUGCUCAUUACAUGAUUUAUACCCCAUCUGACCCACUUCUCUUUGUUGCUGUUAAGGAUCAAAAUGGACAACUGCAAAUUGCUGAUGAUGAUUUACUGGAGGACCCGGCUAUCAUAAGUGCCAUAGAUGAGGAGACUGAAUUUAAUGCCCUGGUGGAGGAAGAAGCAGCCCUCUUAGAGUCAUUGAUGGGUGAAAGAUGAUGAGAUGGUGUGGUGUUCCAAACUUUUCCCUUGGAGAUGACUUUAUAGUUAUAAAAUGUAUGAAAAAAAAAAUCUCCUGAGGCAUGUAAAAAGCAAGAACAGAAAUUGUUUGUUUCUAUAUGUAUGUACACAAUUUAUAGAGUAUUAUAUCCAUUAUCAUUGUUGAACCACUAUUCCUAUUAUUAUAUAUAUAUGUAUAUUGGUUUA